GCCCUUUAUUUCUUUAAAAAGCUCGCAAUCUCAACUGAGGUUUGCUUUCCGGUCUCAUCAACGCUAUUACCCCUAAAUCACAGGCCUCGCAUCCCUCGCAACUUAAUUCAGUAUUGCUGUCUACAAUCGUUUUUAGCAACAUGAGUUGCCGCCACGAGCAGGAUGCCUUCGAAUUUGGGCACGGGAACACCAAAAUAGAUCCCGCCGUAUUGGAGAGGCUCCCACCCAGUUGCCAGGUAACUUUGACCAAAGAAUACGGCGUCAGCUUCUGGGGGAAAACCGGCCGGAUAGACGUCGCCAUGCCGGACAGAUCUCACCGUUCUUUUUUUCUCAAGGUUCUCUCCGACAAACAGGCCAGGGGCAUGGUCUACAGCGAGUUCGAGUCCAUGAAAACACUGUACAGCAUCGACCCUCAGUUCGUUCCACGGCCCAUCGCCUGUGGCAACUACAAGAAUGACCCGAAUAAGUAUUACUAUCUUUGUAGCUUCCAUGACAUGACGGAGGAGAUCAAGGACCGAAAUCAGUUUGUCUCCAAGCUUUCAAAUAUCCAUACCAAACACACAUCGCCCAACGGCAAGUUCGGAUUCCACAUGACGACGUUCGCUGGCAAUCUACCCCAAUACUCGGCGUGGGAGAGCAGCUGGGAAGCAUUUUUUGCUAAGAGCAUGCGCCAAGCUCUCGAUCUAGAGAUUCAGAAGCAAGGCCCUAGCAAAGAGCUCGACGCUCUUUCGAUGAGGCUCUUUGCCAAGGUCAUCCCACGACUGUUGCGACCACUUGAGAGCGGGGGACGGAAGUUGAAGCCAGCACUUGUUCACGGAGAUCUUUGGCACGCGAACGCGGGGUGGGAAGUUGCUGUGGGCAGGCCCCUCGUUUUUGAUGCUUGCUGCUUGUAUGCGCAUCAUGAAUACGAGCUCGGUCAGUGGAAAGCAGUCAACAAUAAAUUUGGGAAAGCAUACAUCGAGGCAUACGUUAAUCAUGCCGAGGUCUCGGAGCCGAAAAAAGACUUCGAAGAUCGCCUGACCCUCUACAGAUUGCGUUUUGAUACACACGUGUCGGCACUCUUCGGAGGCAAGGAGGUCAAAGGCCACGAACGUUUCCGGGAGCAAGUGAUCGAGGUUAUGAGAGGGUUGGUGACCAAGUUUGCUCCUUAGCAGGUAUCAUGAUCAAAUUCAGGGCUAUAACACUGCGCCCUCUCCAU